AAGCUAGUUAUGAUCCUACUUAAAAAAAUUGUGAAUUAAAAAUCGGUAUUAUUAUGGCAAAACGUUCUAUUAGUGGUAAUUUUGCAAUGGCCAUCAUGAUGAUUAUAAUGACGACAAUGAUGAUGGCAAUGGUGGUUCAAUGUUCGCAUCAUUUAAUAUUAACAUUCAGCAACACUAUGCUUCCAUUGGGCAACAUUAAUAUGGUUCGCGCAAAGCCGAUCGCAGCAGCGAAUAAGACUGGUAAUUCGUCGUUCGUGGUCAUCACUUAUGAUAGACUUAUGUUCACAGCGCAAAUGAGUGAUCAUGAGUUUGACACACAUCUAGCUAAACGUGAAACUUUCAAAAUGGUUAAUUAUGAAAAGUUGGCAGAUUCUUAUCCCAAAUUGUCCAAAUUGAUUGAAUCGCAAAAGACAAAUCAAGACAAUCCGGACAAACAAGGCAAUUUAGCUCGGGUGAUAACAAUGGCCACUGGUGAUGAUGGUCAUUAUUGGCUCAUGUAUUGGACUCCCGAAAAACCACCCACAUUUCAAGUGAGUAUAUUUACGGAGGUAAAUCGUACCCAAUUCCCUAAGGAAAAAGAAGCUGAAGCGGCUAAUGUUCCUAUUGUCGAUAUGAACAUAACGAUUCAAUCGGCCAAUGCUGAAACAGUAUUCAUGUCGACUGAUCGCCCAUAUUUAUAUGGCCUCAUCACCACACAUCCUGCAAAAAUGCAUGUCAUGUUGAUGGGAUACGAUGUCUCAAAGAAAAAUUUCGUCUACACUGCGAACCAUACAUACCAAUUUGUAUGGCAUAAAGUGAAUGCAACCAAGUCAUAUGGAAUUGUGUCGGAAAACGAACAUGUGAAUGCCACCAUAACAGAGCCAUUCCUCAAUCAAGAUAUCAUAACUGGAUUUUUCCGUCAUGAAUCAUUGUUUGUAUUUACAAUCAAUCAUACAUACCGGAUCGAUGGCAUUUUGGAUCAUAAAACUGGUCAUCUAAAGGAUUGCAAAACUUUGGAUUCAUGUCCAGUUGAAUUGCAAUCAGUUAAGGAAUUCAUCAACAACGAUAUUAGAGUGGUAUUGUUCGUCAUUUUCGUUACCAUAUGGGUAAUAUUAGCGUUAAUGGUAUUGGCUUGUGUAGCAUGGUGUUGCUAUUGUUUCUUCUUCGAAAAUAAAGCUGAUAGUUCUAAAUCAUCAGCAACCGCAAGCACCAGACGCAAUUCAACAGUUAUGGAUCAACAGCAAACGCAACAACAGCAAACGCAACAACAGUUAUCAUAUACCAAAUCCAAAAGUGGUGGUGGUGGCGUUGGUAGCAAUGCAGACAUGAAUGAAUGAUGAAUGGUGCUGAAACCCGUCGGAUCUUCAUUGGGUUUCUGAUUUUUUAAAUUUUGAAAUUUUUGAAUUUUUUUUCAUUGUAGUUUGGGAGGAUGAUUUGAAAAUG